AUGACUUGUGGCUGGACCUGUGGCUUGCGAUAUUGCAAACUCCACCAGCCACACAUCACGAAUCACACCUCCACCAUCACCACUCAACCUCCACUUCUCACCACCAACUCACGACGCUUCUUGGCUUCGAUGCAGCACCAACCCACCCACACCUCUUCUCUUCCCCCCUCUCCCCCUUCACAAGCACCAUAUCGGCACCUCACUCACACCUCGGAGCUUUUCAGCUGCAGCGCAACAUCAAACGUCUCUAUCCCUUGCCCGUCACCUUGUCCCCCGGCCUUUCCAAUGUUGCAUCGCAUGACGGCUCACAUUCAUUGCCCAGGCCUUGUCUCUCCGCCCGCAGUGCAGCCCUGUCUCGUUGCCAUUUGCUUUCUGUCUGACUCUGUCACGGAGUCACAGCUGACCGCGAAGUCUAGGAAUCCACCGCAAUCAAUCUGUGUAACACAGCGCAGACCACGUCAACAAACGCCCAUCACGUCGCCCAAGGGCCAAACAUUACGCAGUAUGUGUGUGUGUGUGUGUGUGACAGCUACAACCGCAGCACACUGUCACCAGUCACCACACCCCAUCCGACGUUCCCAGCUCUGCUAUAUAACCUGCUCCCUGCGGUUAUUAAUUUAG